AUGGGCUCGGGAUCGGUUCGCGUCGUCGUCGACGGCGACGCCGUCGUCGUCGGCGUCGGCGUCGGCGUGGGCGUGGGCGUGGGCGUCGGCGUCGAACUCGUGCCGCGUUCGGACGCUGUGAGUCGUUGGGUGGAUUUCAUGUUGAAGUUGGCAGGCGUACUAGUGCCAGCUCUGCUGACUGUGUUCGCCUGUGUGCGAAAGGCCGAUCUUGCGAGGCACCGCUUGCGAGGCACCGAAAUGUGUGCGCAUUUUUUUGUUUGUGCAUGCACGCCUGCCACAAGCGCGCGGCGCCCAAAGCAUCUGUGCGCAAGAGCCGACGCCUCCACGAAUUCACGCCGACGUCUUCCAUUUUUUUCUGGCCAGCAUCUAUAA